GCUCAUCUCACGCGAGCCAGCCUCGUCAGCUCAGGGGCGCGUGCCACAUCCGAAGCGGAGGGGACAGCUCCCAGGUGCUGAAAUUGGUCCGCGCUCCGAAGAGAAAGAGAGACACAGAGGGGGGAAGAAAAUCAACGCCUGCAUUAGACACAAAUAUAAAAACCGUAUUCUGCAAAACAGGGGCAGAUACAGAUAGAGCCGAGGCCUUCAAAACAGAUGGCUGCCACUCAGGAUGUGAAAGGGAAGGGAGAGGGAGGGGACCAAAACUUUGACUACAUGUUCAAGCUGCUGAUCAUCGGCAACAGCAGCGUGGGCAAAACGUCUUUCCUGUUCCGCUACGCCGAUGACGCCUUUACUUCGGCCUUCGUCAGCACAGUGGGCAUCGACUUCAAAGUGAAGACUGUGUACAAGAAUGACAAGAGGAUCAAACUGCAGAUUUGGGACACAGCAGGCCAGGAGCGCUACAGGACCAUCACCACUGCCUACUACCGCGGGGCCAUGGGCUUCAUCCUAAUGUACGACAUCACCAACGAGGAGUCCUUCGGCGCUGUGCAGGACUGGUCAACCCAGAUAAAAACCUACUCGUGGGAUAAUGCACAGGUGGUGCUGGCUGGAAAUAAGUGUGAUAUGGAAGAGGAGAGAGUGGUCUCAGUGGAUAGUGGCAGACUGCUGGCAGAACAGUUGGGUUUUGAAUUCUUUGAGACCAGUGCCAAGGACAACAUCAACGUGAAGCAGACCUUUGAACGUCUCGUUGACCUAAUUUGCGACAAGAUGUCCGAGAGCUUGGACACUGAUCCGGCCGUCACCACAGGAGCUCCCACUGCCAAACUCACAGACAGCGCUCCACCCCUCCAGCAGCCUGGAUGCAACUGUUAGUGACUGAUGUCAGGAAGCAAAGGGAGGGCAGCGCAGCUCCUGUAAGGUGGUAGAGUGUGCAGAGUUUUGUUCUCCCUCAGCGUUAUCACUCCUGCUAGUGCUGCUUUCUCUGGACUACAGUUCAAACCCUGUUUAGUAGUAGAAUUACAAAAUCCUGUCGUAUUAUCUCUCACCUUAAUAAGCAAAUAACCAGACAAACAGACAUGGCUAUUGUAAAAUGUGUAACAUUACAGGAUAUCUAGAAUAUAGAGACACCAUAUUCCCAUUCUUUAGCUAGUUAGUAUGGUUAUAAAUCAAGUAUGUUUGAUAAGGCUGGAAAUAGUCCAUAGUCAGGAUGUACAGUUAAUCCUCAAGACCUUUAAAAUCUUUAAGACCUAGAAUAAUUAUAAAAUGAGGGAUAGAGUCAGUGAAUGCUUUAAUGAUUAUUUUAUUUUAAUUUUUUGUACAGUAUGUAUUUUCCUUUUAUAGGAUUAUUUUGUGUCCUAAAGCUGCCAAAUCUAUGAUAUAGUGCACUAUAGGAUGUAGCGGCUUUCUUUUGUGUAACGAGUGUGUGGCUGUUGUGUGACUGUAAAGUAAGUGAGUGUGGGUUUGCAUGAGUGUGAGUUUUAUGUCUGAGUCACAAAUGAGUGCAACUUUUCAUCUAAAAAUCAUCUACCUUGGAUAAAAAAGUGGCCUUUUAGCAUCUCCAACACGGCCUCUGUAAGUUCCUCUGUCAUGCUUACUUUUGGAAUGAAUCCAGUAUGUAUAAUGUUGAUGUGAGUACUAUUCCACGUUUUGCUGUCUGUAGAUGUGUGAUUUCUCUGAUAAGUGUAUCUGUAAAUCUUAAACGCAACUAUUUCUAUGUGCUUAGCCUCUAAGAUGACCCUUUAUAGUUUGAUGCGAUGAGCAUGCUGCCAAAAAGUCAAUCAUAUGUACUGUUUUAUCUAAAGAUAGAACCUAACCAUUCUCAACUCCAUAUGAUAGCAACGAUCCAGCAUUUCAUUAAAUAAAAAUCUCACACUGACAAGGCACAGCACAGUGUUUGAUGUACAACAACUGAUCAGCUCUGGCAUGGAAUAAACAGCCAUAUAUAAAAAAUAUUGUUUAACUUUUGAGUCAGCAUGCUAAAAUUCCAUGUUUGUGCUAUGAAAAUUAAAUCCCUCUUGAAAGACAUACAUUAGUUUAAAAUGGAAAACUUCUCAUAGCAGGCAUAUACAGUACUGUAGUGGUCUUAAUGAUAAUUUAAGUCCAUAUAGUUUAAAACUUGUAGCUUAUUUUAAAAUCCAUAAAGCCUUUCAGUUCUGCAGUUCAUAGAGAAAAAAAAAACAUUUGUGCCAAAACAUAACAAUUCCUUUAGCAUCGUCAGUUGUGUGUUGCAUAGUUGAAUAAAAGCUCCAAAAAAUUGCAUGAAGUCAGUCCUGACUUAUCUGUGUAGAUUUAUAUAAUAAGAUAGUGUAUAUAUCACUCUGUGUUACAGAUUUAGGAGCAUUGUCAUAGCACUUGCUGUGAGAUGCAAUGGGCCAAUAAGUGCAAUAUUUUAUGAAUGAAACCCUGUACAUAGUUUCUCCUGUCCUCGAGUACAACGACUCUAUCCACAGUAUGUGAGUGACAGUUUGGUCAGGAUGGCUCUGAAACUGAUGUACAAUCUCUAAAAAAGGAAUUUGUGCUUGGUUCAGUAACUACAGCCACUGAAUGUGUGACUUGGUGUGUGUGUGUGUGUGUGUGUGUGUGUGUGUACCUGCCAUAUUGAACAGACAAAUUACAUAAUAUAGUGUAUUGUUUGUGUAUAACUUUUGUACAAAUGUAUUCACGUACUAUAUACUGUUCCUGCUAACUGUUGGGUGUUGACUGAACUUGUGUAAUCAUGUCAAAAUGCAGUGUUAUUGUGAAAGAUAGUCAUGGAGAUAACUUAGUCCAUGCCAUAUGCCAUACUCUUGUAAUUCCAAGAAAAGGGAUGCACAAAAACUAGUUGAAAGACCCUGCGCAUAUGUGUGUACACAUGCUUUGCGCGUGUGCAUCUGUGUAUGUGUGUGAUGUUAGAAUUUUAUGCUAAUAGCCAUGAAAUAAAUUACUGUAUUGAUCUCCAGUAAAGAUUCAUUUAACAGAGGAAUAGUUAUGUGGAGGUUCGGAACAGUCACUCUGGUCAAGUCUCAUUUUAGAACAGUAUGACUUUACAUAUAACUGAAUAUAUUUGUUUCUCGGAGGGCAAGCAAAGUAAGAAAUAUGUUUUUGAGAUUAUACGAAAUAAAUCCAAUUCUAUCA